GGCGUGACAGCAUCGGUACCGCGUUGUAGCUCUCGCGUCCGGUUCUCUUCCGGAAAUCUCUUGGAAUAACAAUUCUCGGUGAUUUCAACGCGCGAGAGGAAACUCCGAAAAGGUACUAAUAGCGCCCGUUAUCCAGCACGAGGUGAAUCAUCGUGGUAAUAAUUGAGAAACGAUAUCUAUAGCUUCAACGAGUGACGCGAUACGACUGCAUUCGGAUGAUCGAUUGGCUGGAUCGAGCGAGGCGUAGACGACGAGCGCCGUCGAUCGCGUUUAGAAAUCGAGUCGCGCCGGGAGUGACGUGAUCGUGAACGUUUCAUGAUAGGUAUUCAGCAUUUUAUGAUUGUUUUAAAUAUUUCUAAUGAGUUCCGAUCAAAGUGCUACGAAAAAUUCGGCAAUACGCGGCGGCAAAGGGCAUCGUUUUGAAGUAAGCGCGACUCAGGCCCGGUUUCAUCAAUCGAGAAUGGUGCGAGCAACUCGUGCGGAUGGAGCGCUGACGAAGAUGAGGGAUGCAGUUUCACAGAAAGGAAGUAAUAACGUAGCCGCCCCCAAGUCCAAACCGUCCUUAGAAAUAUACCGACCCCCAGUUUCAUGGUCACCUGUAGGUGGGAGAGCGGAAGGAGCCACGGCGAACGUCACUAAUCUUCGACUAAACGUGCACGCUAAGGAAUUCACGAUGAAGCAGAACGAUUCGCAUCCUUCUAAGUCUCGGAAUAAUGCAUCGGAGCGCUCCUCGUAUUAUCUGCAGCACAGUAAAUCGAGCGGUAAUAUACACCGUUAUCUCUACGCUCAGCAACAACAGCUACAACAUCCUCUGCAACAACAGCAACAGCACCAGCUACCGUCCCGUCAUUCUCACAGUGGCCAUCACGCAAAUUCCACAUUUCGACAGCUCCAUCCUUUAGAUACGUCUGCAUCCAGCGGGAACAUCUUGCACGUCGCGAAUCGGGUACAUUUCAAUGUGGAACAAAACGAAGUCAAAGCUAAUUCUGUAAAACCGGGCAAGCUUACCAAAUCGCACACCUUCGUAUCGACUUAUGGCCUGAAGCGCUCGAAGAGUCUGAACUCAACGGAUGUAUUAGCCGCUAAAGCACUCAAUAUCGCGGACGCCUCUGAGCUCGGUAAAUUUCCCUCGCCCGUUCAAGAUAUACUUUUGCGAGCGAUAGAAGAUCCGAAUCUUUUAAAUGCGAGAACGUUGAUGGAACUAGUACGACACAUUCUGGAUAGGGUAGUGGAGAAUCGCAAGUAUGCCGAGCCGGCAGCUAAAAUUUGCAUCACAAUUAUAGAGAAAGAAACAAAGGAAACUUUUCUGGAAUCCUUGCUAAAUACGUGCCAACAAUGGUACCAAGAUCGCGCUAGAUUACUGCACGACAGCACGACCUGCCAUCGGUAUUCAACCUUUAUGACGUUUCUCAACGAGAUGUAUUGCCAGUUGAAACGACGGCAGCUACAAUUGAAGACACAGCAGGAGGGCGUUCCUCCCGGACGCGUGCUGCUCACGCUGCUUUGGAAAUGUUGCCAGGAUUGUCUGCAGCCACCUGCCAUCAAUUCACUUACCGAGACGAACUGCCUAUUCUUCAUCCUCACGUGCAUCGGCAAGGACCUGGACGCGGAGCUGCCCGCGCAACUACAGCAACUGCUCGGUAGCGUGCGGGACGCCUUCCUAGCAGAAGAGACGACGCUGCCACCGGUGAAGAGGACUCUCCUGCAACUGAUCGAGCUCCAUGCCGCUCAUUGGCAACUGCCAGCGCCUGCGGUGGUUUACUACUACCCCUCGAACUCAAACUCCAAGUGACCGCCACUCGACACCUCCGCGGUCUCCGUCCAUCUUCCCAGAGUACGUGCGAGUGGACUUGCACGAAAGCAUGGGUGUACUUUAAGUAUUUGUACCGGAACGAAAUAUUUUCUAACGAGCGCGCUAAUAUGCCUUUCGACGCGACAAUAAAUACACGAACGAAAGUACGACGUCGAUGAGAGUUAUAUGCAAUCCUUUUGGUUUUUUUUUUUUUAUUUCACGACGAUCGCGAACGGUUUGCGAUGAUCUCGUUCCUUCCACGAAACGGAAAGUUUUUGUUCGAUGAUUCUGUAUGCAAACGGUGGUAUACGAAUAAACAAGUUCUUUUACA